ACUUCAUUCGGACGCGAAUCACGCCCGUUAAAGUCAGUCGCGCGAGCGUCACGUGCGGUGGGUAAUAACGGGAAUCGUCUGUACGGUCAGUGUGUGUGUGUGUGCGCGCGCGCGCUCGUGUGUCUGUAGGGAUGGACGCGUCGGCGCGGCGGUGAGCGGCAGCGGCUCCGUUAUGCGGCGUUGUGAGACUUUACUGUUACUGUUGAUCAUCCUGACGGCGGCUGUGAGUGCAGCGCUGCAGAUUCAAUGCUAUCAGUGUGAAGAUGUUCGGCAGGACGACUGCUCAUCUCCAGAGUUUAUCGUCAAUUGCACAGUCAACGUUCAGGACAUGUGCCAGAAAGAAGUGCUGGUCAUGGAGGACGGAAUUCACUACAGGAAGUCAUGUGCAUCAUCAGGGGCGUGUCUAAUUGCAUCAUCUGGAUAUCAGCAGUUCUGCACCGGGAAGCUGAACUCCGUCUGUAUCACCUGCUGCAACACACCGCUCUGCAACGGCCCACGACACAAACGACGAGCGCUGUCCUGCGCCUUCUCUCUGCCCUCCAGCAUUCCCACAAUCCCCCUGCUCGCCUUCAUCCAACUCUGUCUCUCUUCCUUCUUGCACUGACAGAUGUUCACCUCUCUCUCUCUCUCUCUCAGUGUCUGUUCUUCUGUCUUUUUUUCUGUCUGUCUUUCUGUUGGUCUCUAUUGUCACAUACAGGGUUCAAAAUUAACCCUCACCAUGCAAUGUUUUUGAGUAAAAAUUUGUCUAUUCAUAUCUUGGAAGUUGGCUCUUAAAUUUCAUAAUACGCUGUUAAAAUAGAUUUUUAGGAAUUAUAAUUAGAUUUACAGACAUGCUUGAGUAAGUUUUAUUUAUGAAGCACUUUUCCCAGUUAAAACAACAUUAAACGUGAAGCAGAGGCUCUUGUAUCACACUGAAGGGGUUAAUUUCACAAGAACAACCUGCUGCCUAUACAUUAUUCGGCUUAUUACACGGCUAUUUUCCUAAUACGUAAGGAGACACACUAUUUGGUUUAAUCAUUUGUAAAUCUAAUGUCAUACAGUAUAUGUUAUUAACUCUUUCCCCGCCACUGAGAAACCAUUUAGAAAAAACGCUUCCCUGCCAAUGACAAACUUUACACCAAUCCAUUUUCCAAUAUUAUCCACUAAGUGGCGCUCUUACCCAACUUAUAAAACACUGAAACAUCCACUGAUCCAAAAACAGUAAAAACUCUGAUCAUCGCUCUAAAUACGAUCUCCAACAAAAGUAAAAAAUGCAAUUAUCUCAGUUUUUUGUUCAAAACUUGGUAUUUGUUAAGAAACCUCCCCAUAUUUGAGAGGUGAUAAAAGAGAACAAAUCAAGAUAGGAUGAAACUUGUUCUUAAAGCAGAUGAUCUUUUAUUUCAUUUGAUAUAUUCUAUGUUUAUAUAUUUAAAGAAGAACAUUGUUUUAAAAGGCAUUCAACUUUUCUGAAAAUCAUAAAAGAUGCUGGUGCUGGCUGGCAAUUUUUUUUAAAAAGCUGGUGGGGAAAGAGUUCAAAUUAUUUGUGGAUUAUUAAACUGUACCUGUCAAAAUUAUUUGCAGCAUUCUGGUUCCUGUGUAUUAAUAGUUUGUAGUGGUUUUUAUCUGGGAAUAACAAACCUGCAGUCAGAAUCAAGCAUUCCAAGGAGCUGUGUAAUAAAUGUCUAAAAGCACCACGAGCUGUUAAUACUUUACUCAAGAAAACAAUUCAUUUACCACAGCAGAAAAUGUCCCAUUAGAAGUAAAACACUGGAGAUAUUUGUGCAGAACUUCAUGUGGUGAAAUGAUACAGAUUUAUCUUAAAAAUAAACAAUAAAAGCAAAAUCAUCAUACAUUUUAACGUUUUGUAAUCCGUCCACUUCGCCGAAAUAAAGCAUAAAUCAAAAUAAAUCAGUCCUUCAGCUGAAGAAGCUAAAAAUCUAAAAAUUUCCUUUCCAAAUGUAUUUGUAUAUUUGUAUAGCAUUGCCUCUGAAAUAAAUACAUGUGGGUACUAAAAUCUUAGUUUUUUCACAGUUUCAACAACUUUUAAACAAGUCCCCAAAACUGGUCAAUACAGAAACAGCAGAAUAUACAAAAUACAAUCAUCAUGCAUGUUGAUUCAGCAUGAAGUAAUACAUUUUACAAUUGCUGAAACUGCAUUAGCUGUUUUCUGUUCUGAGUUAGGUUUCAAUUUAUACAGCAAAAAAGUAUUUUUAUGUAAAAUAUAAGAUUUUGAAGUUAUCAGUGUGUCCAAUCCUUCAUGACCGUGAAAGAAAGUAAUCAGUGUAUUUUUUCUCUCUCUUUUUUUGAAAGAGCAAACUGUUUUGGUCAUAGUGACCUCAAUGUCCGCAUGCUUUACUCAUUUGCUUUACAUUUCAAGUCACUCAAUGGACCUGAUUUUAUAUCGUUGAUGACACGUUUCCAGAGCUAUCAUAUCACAAAACUUAAAUUACACAUGACGUUAUGCUUUGUGUUUUUAUUACCUUAGCGAUAAAUGACAAAAACUAUAGUUUAUGCUGCUGCGAGGGUGUUUCUAAUACAAUGACUGAGAAAGUGAUGGCAGUGAAAGUCAUAAAAACACAUAUCAUUUUUUUCCUUUUCCAAAUUUUACAACUUACUUUUGUAAAAGUAAUAAAAACUUCAGUAUUGACACUUUAAAAAUUCAAAUGAGGUUUUAUGACAUUAGGGCAAAAUUAUUUAACCAUACAGUCCCACGAGGGAAGACUGAAUCAUUUAUCUUCAUGGUCACAUGGUUUGGUUUGGGGUGUGGCAGCAUCAGUCCAGAGAUGGUUUGUGUGUUUUGAUAUUGACAAAAAAUGUGAGACAGCAUUUUUAUGAAUUCUUAAAAAAAUCAAAAAGGCCAGAAAAAACAUGUCAGCUACAUUUCUUAAAGACUUGACAAGGCUCAUUAGAAUAAAGGGCUUUAAAAACAUUUAGUUGUUUAUUUUCUAAGUGAAGGUUUAAGGGUUUGUCACUAUCCUGUCAGCUUUUAUGUAUUUUUAUUUCUUGUUUAUUGUGAUAGGAUGGUGGCAUUGCUGCCUCUCCUGUGUUGUCAUGUGGAGGAGCUACUGACCUCUGUUUUGUGUGCUAUGUGUUUCCCUGUUUUUCUUGUCUGGCCCCGCCCCCUUGUUCUCUAGGUAAUGAAUCAUUACUAGUUACUCUUCUCUUACCUGUUUACCUUGAUUAGUUUCCCUAUUUAAUGUCCGGGGCGCGUUCAAGUUCAAACCGAUGUGCAACGUUUUGCUACUGUUUCAGGAACAGGGUUUGAGAUACGUUUUCUCUUGUUUGGUGGGUGUGUCAGAACUGCAGUCCAAUCAGCAGCAACAUGUAAAUAAACCAGAAGUUAUUAAAGAAACAGCUCAUACAAUGGGUCCAAGUUGAAAUGUGCUCUUUUUUUCUGGACAUCAAGGGCAAUGACUGUAACAGCAAGCAUAUUUUACAGUAAUAAACAAAUAUUUCAUCAAGCUCUGGAAGCAUUUAAAACAGAAUCUGAAGAAUGGCCUUCUCGGCUACUGUAGUUGCAACUCAUGCGUCAUCACAACCGGGUGUUCAACACAUCACCGUUUCUCUUUAAAAAACAUUCUGCUACGUUUGGUUGGGACUGAAUGCAGCCCUGAUGUUUUCAGUCUUGUGCUCGUUCAUUGUCUUUAAUCUCUUCACUGUGUUUGGUACCUUGGUUUUUUGCCUUGUUUGCUCCCUUGAGGGCUUUCUGUUAUUUAUAAAUCUCACUUGUGCUUCGAGCUGCCUGCGUUUGGGUUCUGUCUUUGAAAGUCAUGACAAGGUUAGACUGAAGGAGGAGACACACCACUCAUAUCAAAGUUAUUACAUGAUUUCUUUAUAUUGCCUCAUAUAAUGAACUUGAUUUAUGUUAAUGUGUGUCAGUUUUCCAUAUAUUUUGCACCACUUCUGUAAAAUGAAUCAUAAAUGAAAUUUAUUCAAAAUAAUCCUGCAUACAGUUUUUCAGCUGUAGCCUUUUAGAUACACAGAUAGAAACUCUGAAACUCUCAUGUGAUAUUUUGUGUGUGUGUGUGUGU